AUGAGCUCUUCUGAGGACGAUAUCCCUCUCGUGCGCGCCAACGGCCGCGCCAAUGCCUCGACCAAGUCUCCUGCGACAAACGGUGAUCUCGAUCCCGGCAUGUCGGUUCGCUUUGGACCCGUACAGGACAAAGACGUUGACAUGAAGGACGCGGAUGCGCCUGCCAAGCGCAAGUCGCGGGCAAGCAUUGACAAAAAGAAGUCAUAUACCGAGCCUGAGAGCAGCGAAGAUGACCAGCCCUUGAGCAAGCGCCGGCGAACCUCGGUCAAACAUGAAGACCCCGAAUCGGAUGAUGACGUUCCGCUGGCCCUCAACGGACGAAAGCUCCCAAAGGCCUCCGAGACGGCAAUUGGCGAAGAAUCCGAUUCCGAUGUGCCGAUUGAGCGCAAACUCACCGCGCAGAAGAAGAAAAUUGAGAAGCGGGCAGAGAAGGUGGCUAGUCUCGCGCGCAAGCCCUCGGCCUCCAAAGCUAAGCCAGUGGCUACGACCAAGAAGGCAGUGAAUGGCGUCAAGAAGGAGCCCGCGGAUGAUAAAUCUUCUGUGAAGAAGGUGAAGGCCGAGCCGGCUUCUCUGAAGAAGGUCAAAGCUAAGGUCAAGGCUGAGAGCGAGGAUGCGGAAGAUGGGGAGGAAGAAUAUCGCUGGUGGGACGAUCCUACCAAGGGCGAUGGGACCAAGAAGUGGACGACUCUUGAGCACAACGGUGUGGUGUUCCCUCCACCCUACGAGCCUCUGCCUAAGAACGUCAAGUUGAAGUACGACGGUGUUCCUGUGGUUCUUCAUCCCGAGGCCGAGGAGGUUGCGGGCUUCUUCGGAAGCAUGCUCAACUCGACGCAUAACGUGGAGAACCCUGUCUUCCAAAAGAACUUCUUUAUGGAUUUCAAGGACAUCCUGAAGAAAACCGGCGGCGCCAAGGAUUCCAAGGGCAACAAGGUCGAUAUCAAAGAGUUUGGCAAGUGCGACUUCAAGCCUAUCUUUGAGUACUACGACGCCCAGCGUGAGGAGAAGCGCAAUCUACCUGCAGCAGAGAAGAAGCGCCUAAAAGCCGAGAAGGAUGAGCAAGAAGCUCCCUACAUGACGUGCACUUGGGAUGGUCGUCAACAAAAAGUCGGCAACUUCCGUGUGGAACCGCCUUCGCUAUUCCGUGGCCGAGGUGAGCACCCAAAGACUGGACGCGUGAAGACCCGUGUGCAGCCGGAGCAAGUCACCAUCAACAUCGGCAAGGAGGCCAAAGUUCCCCCGCCACCUCCAGGUCACAAGUGGAAGGAAGUGAAGCAUGACCAGGAAGGCACGUGGCUUGCUAUGUGGCAGGAGAACAUCAACGGUAACUACAAAUACGUCAUGCUGGCUGCCAAUUCCGAUGUCAAGGGCCAAAGCGAUUACAAGAAGUUUGAGAAGGCCCGCGAGCUCAAGAAGCACAUCGACAAGAUCCGCAAGGAUUACACAAAGAACAUGAAGAACGACCUGAUGGUGGAGCGUCAGAAGGCGACAGCUGUGUACCUGAUUGACAAAUUUGCUCUGCGUGCUGGUAAUGAGAAGGGCGAAGACGAGGCGGAGACCGUUGGCUGCUGCUCAUUGAAGUACGAGAACAUCACUUUGAAACCGCCACAGACUGUCGUCUUCGACUUCCUGGGUAAGGAUAGUAUUCGAUUCUACGACGAAGUUAUGGUCGACCCUCAAGUUUUCAAGAACUUGAAGAUCUUCAAGAAGGCGCCCAAGAAGAAUGGUGACGAGAUCUUUGACCGCCUGACUACUUCCGCCCUCAACAAGCACUUGCAGAACUACAUGCCUGGUUUGACCGCCAAGGUGUUCCGUACUUACAAUGCUUCCUUCACCAUGAGCGAGUUGCUCAAGGAGAUGAAAGCUUCUGGCACUAUUCCCGAGAAGAUCAAGGCCUAUAACGAUGCUAACCGCCGAGUUGCCAUUCUGUGUAACCACAAGCGAACGGUCGGGGCUGCUCACGCCAACCAGAUGGAGAAGAUGAGUGAACGGAUCAAGGGACUUCGCCUCGAAAAAUGGCGACUGAGGAUGCAGAUGCUCGACCUCGAGCCUUCCCUCAAGAAGAAGAAGGGCGCUUCGUUCUUCGAGCUGGAUGAGGAUUUGACCCCCGAGUGGGUCAAGGAAUACCAAGCAUUCAAGGUCGAGGAGGCAACUCAGAAGAUCACGAAGAAGUUCGAGAAGGACAACGAGAAGCUCGUGGCAGACGGCGAAAAGGCAAUGAAGGCAUUGGAGCUCACCGAACGGUUGAGCACCGUCAAAGACUUAGAGAAAAAAUACGCGAAAGAGAACAAGACCGGGAAGGUCGAGGCAGAGGGCCGUGGCCCUACUGUCGAAAAGAUCGAGGGCAGCAUCAAAAAGCUGGAGCAGCGCAUUGAUGCCAUGUUGCUCCAGGCCCAGGACAAGGAAGACAACAAGGAGGUCGCCUUGGGUACCUCAAAGAUUAAUUACAUCGACCCCCGUCUCACUGUUGUCUUCAGCAAGAAGUUCAACGUACCCAUUGAGAAGUUCUUCUCCAAGGCUCUCCGUGAGAAGUUCGAAUGGGCCAUCAAAUCCGUUGAGGAGGACUGGGAGUUCUAA